UACACGAGCGCGUCCUUACGUCGCCGCCAUAUUUGGGGAGGCAGUUGUUGCUAUGGUAGCGGCUCUUCAACAACCUCCUCCGGCCACCUAGAAGUGUCAGGACUGCUGUCUGUGGAGCGAGGGAAGAUGCCGGCGGGAGGGGACCGGAGGAAGGACUUCAUCCUCAGCACCGUGCACAACUACUUCGGGCUGACCGACGGCGAGCAGCUGGGGGACUGCAAGGAGGUUCAUCGCUUUCUGGAUGAUGGCAACGAGUUCACCCUGUCAGCGAGAAGAGCCGGGGCCCGGGUGCUGCUCUCUAAUAAGGUUGAACCUGGUGAUACCAAGGAGAAGGCUCUUGUGUUUUUUAAAAUCCGUCCAGAAGUCAUCACUGAGGAGAACCUCCAUGAGAAUGUCCUUGUUUCCUCCAUGUUAGACUCGCCUAUCAAUACCCUGUACCAGGCGGUCCGGCAGAUAUUUGCUCCUUUGUUAUUGAAGGAUGAUAAAUGGAGUAAGGAGUUUGAUCCCAAACUUCAAACGUUGCUUAGUGACUUAGAGGCUGGUCUGGGCAGUGUGCUGCGGAGGACUGCUGCCAGCAGGGGGGGCUCUAAGACUGGAGGAGAAGAUGACUUGCAAGGAAUUCUGACUCCUUCUGAUGAAUUUCAGUUCUGGACUGACAUUGCUGAAAGCCGAAGUAAACCUGGUGUUCGAGAGAGAGCGGCUCAUUUCUUGAGCUUGUUUCAAACUAUUGAAAAAUAUUACAACAGCCUCAACUCUCUGCCUUUGGCUGAAAUUGUGGAACUUGUCGAAACUACAAGGGAAACUGUGGAUGAUGUGUGGAGGCAGACGGAGCACGACCCUUAUCCUGAGCACCGUAUGAAGCAUUUGCUGGAGAUCAUUGGCAACACGCUGGGGCGCUGUGUUCAAAAGAGCCUUGGUGAGAUGAACCUAUGGACGGACCCGUUCCCUGCAGUGAAGGAGAACCUUAGAGCAGGUAUUACUGUAUGUGAGCAGUGGACAGCUGCCUGCGAACAUCUGACCGGCCAGCUAUGGAAACGUUACACUCCUCACCUAUGGAAAAAUGAGAAAUACUCUCCAGAAUCUCUUCAGAAUCUUGGCAGACGUUUUCAAGAGGUGUUCACUAUAAGGAUGAUGCAUGAGAAGUUGGCUUACUUUCUGCCCUCUGGUGAUGAUCAUGCCCAGCGAUCUAGAAAGUUGUUUGAACCUUUUGCUGGAUUGAACCCUGUGCACUACAACCCAUAUACAGAGCCUUUAUGGAGAGCUGCAGUUUCUCAAUAUGAAAGGAUAAUUGAGCCGGCAGAAGAAAAAAUAGCAAGCAAGCUUAAAUCCUAUUUCUCUGAUAUACAAGACAGUCCACAACAGCUUCUACAAGCUUUUCAGAGACAUAAAGACCUAGUGAAAAGACCAAGUAUAAGGAAGCAUCUAAUUCUAGAACGGGAAACCUUGCUUGCCAGACUUGUGGACUAUAUCAAAGACAUUCGGUCAGACUUUGAAGCACGCUGCCAUGGCUCUCCUGGAGAUUCUUCUGGACCCCUCACUGGCAAGAACCUGCCAGAGGUUGUCAAUAAUAUUGUGUGGGUGCGUCAACUCCAGCUCAAGGUGGAGGAUUCAGUGAAGAUAGCGGGAACUCUUCUGUCUGAUCUGUCUGGGUUUCAGACCUUUCACAAAGAUGCUGGAGAACAAAUGGAGAAGUUCAGAGAAUACGAACAAGAACAAUUUAGUGAGUGGUCAAGAGAAAUUCAGUCCGGUUUAUCAGAUCCUAAAUCAGGAUUUUGCAUACAGCCAAACAGUAAGGUAAUGGAAUUGGACCACUCUAAUGGAGCCCUGAAAAUCCACUAUUCGGAUCGCUUGGUUACUCUGCAGCGUGAGGUCCGGCAGCUGUCAGCACUUGGAUUAGUAAUCCCCACUAAAAUCCAGCAAGCCACCAAAACAGCACAGACCUUCUACAAACAAGCUGUGAUUCUUAAGCAGGUUGCCCAUUUCUACAACACAAUAGACCAGCAGAUGAUUCAGAGUCAGAGGCCAAUGAUGUUAAAGUCUGCAUUAGCAUUUGAGCAGAUUAUUAAGACUUCUAGGACAAGCUCUGGGGAAUCUGGCCAAAAAACGUCUAUUACAUGGGACAAUCCUAAGGAACUUCAGAGUUAUAUUGAUAAACUACAAAGCGCAGCAGAGCAGCUUUCUACUGAAAACAGGAAGCUCAGGAAGAAACAUACCGACUUUUGUGAAAAGGUUGUUGCUCUCAUGAGCGUUGAUUUGCUUCGUCAACAACAACGAUGGAAAGAUGGACUUUUGGAUAUGCGCAGUGUGUUUUCCAAUCUUGAAUAUCAGGGAAUGCGGUCGAGUGACAUGAAGGCUUGGCGCCAGCACUGGGAUCAUCAGCUAUAUAAGGCUCUUGAACAUCAGUAUCAGAUGGGCCUGGAGGCUCUCAAUGAAAAUCUUCCUGAAAUCAGCAUCGAUCUAACCUUUAAGCAAGGAAGGUUACAGUUUAAACCUCCUUAUGAGGAAAUUCGUGCCAAGUAUUACCGGGAUAUGAAGAGGUUCAUUUCUAUUCCCCACCAGUUCAGGGGACUGAGCGAGCCGGGUGCAGAGCCAAUAUUUUCUGUGAUGCCUGAGAGGAAUGCAAAUGGCUUCAUCACGGUGUUCAGUAAAGCAGAAGAUUUGUUCAGAAGGUUAUCUGCUGUCAUGGAUCGAUUUAAGGAGUGGGUAGUGCUUGGUCAAGUAGAUGUGGAUGCCCUGAUUGAGAAACACUUACAUGAUGUACAUGAUUGGGAGAAAAACUUUAAGGCACUCAAAGUCCGGGGUAAAGAAGUGGAGCGUCUACCGAGUGUUAUAAAGAUCGACUGUUUGACCAUUAACUGCAGUCCGGUCAAAGCGGUUAUUGAUGAUCUCAUUCAGAAGCUCUUUGAUUCGUUGCUGAUAUCCCUGAAGAAAUCUAUCCAAGCUCACCUACAUGACAUUGACACCUUUGUGUCCGAUGGGAUGGAGAUAUUGUCUAGCCGCCCUCAGACCGUCGAAGAAAUUGGAGAAGCCAAUAUGAAACAUGGAGAACUGAAACUUAAAAAACCUGAGAUUCUGCCGUUGUUCAAAGAAGCUGAAGAUAAAAACAGAUUGCUGCGCUCUGUUGCAGGGGGCGGCUUAGACACCAUUGGUAAUCUCCGAGCAAAGUGGGAUAAAUUUGAGUUAAUGAUGGAGAGUCAUCAGCUAAUGGUGAAAGAGCAGAUUGAAAUAAUGAAGGAAAAUGUGAAAACCAGGGUGAAUAUUUAUAUGCAAGAACUGGAGAAGUUCAAAGCCCGCUGGGACCAGUUUAAACCCAAUGAUGACAUCAUCGAGACUGGAAAAGAGGAUGUUUUAGAGAAAAGUGCCCAGUCAAUAAAGGAAAAGAAAAUGGAGUUUGAUGAACUUGAAGCAACAAGGAACAAACUGAUUGAGGAUUGUCUACAUUUUGACCUAGAGGCUCCUGAUUUCUCCCUUGUUGAUGAAAUACGUAUUGACAUUGAGGGCUGCACUAAAACAUGGUCUUUAUAUGAGGAGUUUUAUCAAGGAUUUAAUGAGAAGGCGAGGGAAGACUGGAUCACUUUCAGGAUCAAAUAUUACAGUUUUGAAGAAUUUCUCCUCUCCUGGCACGACAGACUGAGAAAAAUGGAAGAACAUACCAUGAUGUCUGUGAAACUUCAGACAGAAAUUGACAAAUACAAGAUGGUGGUUCCUGUCCUGAAGUAUGUACGCGGCGAGCACCUUUCCCAAGAUCACUGGCUAGACCUCUUCAGGCUUCUUGGACUUCCCAAGGGAACUACAUUGGAAAAGUUACUCUUUGCAGAUCUGCUGAAAGUUGCUGAUGUGAUCAUAUCCAAAGCAUCUGAACUUAAAGACUUGAACAGCCGUGCCCAGGGGGAAAUCACAAUCCGAGAAGCACUCAGAGAACUGGACAUCUGGGGGACUGGUGCUGUGUUUACAUUGACAGAUUAUGAGGAUAGCCAAAAGCGGACGAUAAAGCUGAUAAAAGACUGGAAAGACAUAGUCAAUCAAGUGGGAGAUAACCGAUGUCUCCUCCAGUCUCUGAAAGACUCUCCCUAUUACAAAGGGUUUGAGGACAAGGUGUCUAUCUGGGAGAAGAAACUGGCGGAACUGGAUGAAUACCUACAGAAUCUAAACCAGAUACAGAGGAAAUGGGUUUAUUUGGAACCUAUCUUUGGUCGUGGCGCCCUUCCUAGAGAGGAAGCUCGUUUCAGUAGAGUAGAUGAAGAUUUCCGAUCAAUAAUGUCGGACAUUAAAAGGGAUAACAGAGUGACGAUGCUGACAUCACGGGUCGGGAUAAGAAACUCAUUGAUCACUAUCCUCGAUCAGCUCCAGAGGUGCCAGAAGUCUCUGAAUGAGUUUCUGGAGGAAAAGCGUUCGGCCUUCCCUCGAUUUUACUUCAUUGGAGACGAUGACUUACUGGAGAUACUGGGGCAGUCAACAAAUCCAACCGUAAUCCAGUCACACCUUAAGAAGCUUUUCGCUGGGGUGAACAGCGUUGAGUUUGAUAAAGACUUCCAACACAUCAUUGCCAUGAAAUCACUGGAAGGAGAGGUCGUUCCCUUGAAAAACAAGGUUCUAGUUUCGACUGAUGUUGAGGUCUGGUUAAGCAAUUUGGCCAUUCAGAUGAAGUCCACAUUACAGACAUUACUAGUGGAGUGUGUGACGGCUGGGAAGAAGUCUCAUGGUACCAUAGACCCCCUCCGCUUUCCUUCACAAAUCCUCUGCCUGGCUGAACAGAUUCAGUUCACAGAAGAUGUGGAGAAUGCCAUACGUGGUUAUAACCUCCAGGAGGUGGAGAUAGAGCUGAUGGCUAAGCUUGAGCAUUACACUGGAAUAGAUGAUACCUCUGGUGCAGAUGAUGCUGAAAUAUUGGAACUAAAGCUAAAAGCUCUUAUCCUGGAUGUCGUUCAUAACAUUGAUGUGGUUAAGCAGCUCAUCCAGGCUCAGGUCCAAAGUGUCGAUGACUGGGCAUGGAAGAAACAACUGCGAUUCUACAUGAAGCCAGAUAAGAAGUGCUAUAUGCAGAUGGUUGACGCCGAGAUAGAGUACACGUAUGAAUAUCAGGGCAAUACUCCCAAGUUGGUUUAUACCCCACUUACAGACAAGUGUUACCUCACCUUGACUCAAGCCAUAAAGAUGGGCUUGGGGGGAAAUCCGUACGGUCCAGCUGGAACUGGUAAAACAGAAUCUGUCAAGGCGUUGGGUGGACUUUUUGGGCGACAAGUGUUGGUUUUCAAUUGUGAUGAGGGCAUUGAUGUGAAAUCUAUGGGGAGAAUUUUUGUUGGCUUGGUGAAAUGUGGAGCCUGGGGUUGCUUUGAUGAAUUCAAUAGACUUGAAGAGGCCGUCCUCUCAGCUGUGUCCAUGCAGAUCCAAACCAUCCAGGAUUCUCUAAAGAACCACAGAGCUACCUGCGAGCUACUAGGGAAAGAGGUGGAUUUGGACCCCAAUUCUGGCAUCUUCAUAACCAUGAAUCCUGCUGGCAAGGGCUAUGGUGGGCGCCAGAAGCUGCCAGAUAACCUAAAGCAGCUGUUCCGUCCUGUAGCCAUGUCCCGACCUGACAAUGAGCUCAUCGCUGAGGUUAUUCUUUACUCUGAAGGUUUUAAGGAGGCAAAGGCAUUGGGUCGGAAGCUAGUCGCAAUCUUUAACCUAGCUAGGGAAUUGUUGACACCACAGCAGCAUUAUGACUGGGGAUUGAGAGCACUGAAGACUGUCCUGAAAGGUUGUGGGAAUCUUCUUCAGCCAUUAAAGAAGAAUGGAGCGAAGCUGAAUAUCAGUGAAAGCCAUAUCGUGGUUCAGGCUCUGAGGCUUAAUACAAUGUCAAAACUGACAUUUGCUGACUGCUCCCGGUGCGAUGCUCUGAUUAAGGAUGUUUUCCCUGGAAUUGACUUUAAAGACGUGGAGUACUUGGAACUAAGUGCGGCCCUAGAGCAGGCGUUUAAGGAAGCAAACCUAGAAAUCAUACCAAGUCAGAUUAAGAAAGCUCUGGAACUAUAUGAACAGCUACGUCAAAGAAUGGGAGUAGUUAUUGUGGGACCCAGUGGUGCUGGCAAGUCGAUCCUAUGGCGCAUGUUACGAGCUGCACUUGGAAAGACUGGAAAGGUUGUAAAACAGUAUACUAUGAAUCCUAAAGCUAUGCCCCGACACCAGCUACUUGGACACAUCGACAUGGAUACCAGAGAGUGGUCAGAUGGAGUCCUAACCAACAGUGCACGCCAGGUGGUCCGAGAGCCUCAAGAGAUCAGCUCCUGGAUCAUCUGUGACGGUGACAUUGACCCUGAGUGGAUUGAAUCUUUAAACUCAGUUCUGGAUGACAACCGCCUGCUCACCAUGCCCAGCGGCGAGAGGAUUCAGUUUGGCCCGAAUAUAAAUUUUGUCUUUGAAACUCACGACUUGAGCAGCGCUUCUCCGGCCACCAUAUCCAGGAUGGGAAUGAUAUUCCUAAGUGAUGAAAACACCGAUCUGAAUUCUCUCAUCCAUUCAUGGCUCCAGGGACAGCCCGAAACACACAGGCAUAAUUUGGAGAACUGGAUCGGAGACUAUUUUGAAAAGGCUUUAAAUUGGGUUCUUAAACAGAAUGACUUUGUGGUGGAGACCAGUCUCGUUGGAACAGUGAUGAACGGCCUCUCGCACCUUUAUGGUUGCACUGAUCGGAGCCAAUUCAUUAUCAGUCUGAUCCGAGGUCUUGGAGGAAACCUCAACAUGAAGUCCAGAAAUGACUUUGCCAAAGAGGUUUUCAGUUGGGCCCGGGAAUCUCCCCCUGAUCCCCGCAAACCAUUGGACACUUAUUACGAUGAGAAAACCAGCCGCCUAAUGUCCUACAGCUUUGAGAAACCUGAAAACUUAACAAUCGAUGACUUCAGUAAUCCUCAAGCUCUUCCAGUCAUCAGAACUCCUGACAUUCAGAGAGGGUUGGACUACUUCAGGCCAUGGCUGGGCUCAGACACCAAACAGCCCUUCAUACUGGUGGGACCAGAGGGGUGUGGAAAGGGGAUGUUGCUUCGCUAUGCAUUUUCUCAGCUCCGAUCUACUCACAUCGCCACGGUCCACUGCAGUGCACAGACUACAUCCCGCCAUGUACUGCAGAAGCUAACACAGACCUGCCUGGUGAUCAGCACUAACACAGGCCGAGUGUACAGACCAAAAGAUUGUGAGAGAUUGGUUCUAUACUUGAAAGAUAUCAACCUCCCCAAGCCAGACAAAUGGGGCACCAACACACUGGUAGCAUUUCUACAGCAGGUUCUGACAUAUCAUGGCUUUUAUGAUGAUAACUUGGAAUGGGUCGGCCUGGAAAACAUUCAGAUUGUGGCAUCUAUGUCUGCGGGUGGCACCAUUGGCCGACAUAAACUGACAACCAGAUUCACUUCUGUGGUUCGGAUAUGUGCAGUCGACUAUCCUGAACGAGACCAACUGCAAACAAUAUGUAGCUCCUAUUUAGAGCCGGUUCUUCACCAGAAUCUUAAGAAACAUCCCAUAUGGGGUUCUGUCCCUAAAAUCCACCAGUUAGCAGGGUCAAUGGUUCAAGUUUAUGAACAGGUUCGGACGAAGUUUUCAGUUGAUGAUCACAGCCAUUACCUGUUCACUCCAUGCAUCCUCACACAGUGGAUUCUGGGGCUGUUUAGAUACGACUUAAGUGGAGGAUCCUCACAACAACCUCAAGACAAUGUCCUGGAAAUUGUGGCGUAUGAAGCUAGGAGAUUGUUCCGGGACAGGAUUGUGACCUCUAAGGAGCUCAAUGUCUUUGAUAAUAUUUUAAUAUCAGUGCUGCAAGGAGACUGGGGAUCUGAUGUAAUGGACCACAUGGCAGACUUUUUCUAUGUAACCUGGGGAGCGCUACAUGAAGCCGGAUCAGUACUUGCCCCUGGACAGGCCUUACCCGCUCAUGGACGGCCCCUCGGAAGGUUGAACUCUACCGACUUUCAAGAUGUUAUUAAGAAGGGUAUAAUUCAGUUCAGCCGUGAUAACCGAGAGCUGGAUAUUCUCCUGUUCCAUGAAGUUCUGGAUUUCAUGUCUCGGGUAGACCGCGUCCUGAGCUUUCCAGGGGGAUCCCUUCUCCUGGCUGGACGGAGCGGUGUUGGCCGCAGGACUGUCACUUCUCUUGUCACGCACAUGCAUGGAGCUGCGCUGUUCACCCCCAAGAUCUCCAGAGGAUAUGAGCUUAAACAGUUCAAGAAUGACCUAAAGCAGGUCAUGCAGAUGGCUGGCAUAGAAGGACAGCAAGUAGUUCUGCUCCUCGAGGACUAUCAGUUUGUCCAUCCAACAUUUCUAGAGAUGAUCAACAGCCUGCUGUCCUCAGGCGAGGUUCCUGGCUUAUAUACUAUGGAGGAACUGGAGCCGCUGUUAUCACCACUAAAGGACCAGGCAUCUGAAGAUGGAUUUACAGGACCAUUAUUUACUUAUUUUACAUUUAGGAUCGUGCAGAACCUCCACAUUGUCCUUAUCAUGGACUGUACUGAUCAAAACUUCACAAUAAACUGUGAGAGCAACCCAGCUUUAUACAAGAAGUGCUCAGUACAAUGGAUGGAGGGCUGGUCUGAUAGGAGCAUGAAGAAGAUUCCAAAGAUGUUAUUUUCCGACACUACAAGUCAAGAGAAGAGUCAACACUCAGAGUACAAGAAGUCUUCACCAGGAGAAUCUGGAUUUUAUAAAUCUUUCUUAACGAUUCAUGAAUCCUGCAAAGCCUACGGUGCCACUCCAAGACGAUACAUGACGUUUCUUCAAGUGUAUGGGUCUUUGUUUAGCAGUAAGAAAGCAGGGCUUACCAAGAAACAAAUGCAUUUACAGGCUGGAGUAUCAAAACUGAAUGAAGCUAAGUCUCUAGUCGAUGAACUCAAAAGAAAAGCCGGAGAACAGAGCUUAUUGCUGAAAACGAAACAGGCCGAGGCUGAUGCAGCUCUACAAGAGAUAACCACGUCCAUGCAGAAUGCCAGUGAUCAAAAGACUGAAAUGGAGAAGAUCAAACACAGGAUAGUAGAAGAGUCUGCCAAAAUUGAAGAAAGGAAGAGGAAAAUUGAUGAUGAGCUAAAGGAUGUUCAGCCUUUGGUGGAUGAAGCAAAACAGGCAGUCGGUAACAUCAAACCCGAGUCUUUAUCAGAGAUCAGAUCCCUACGCAUGCCUCCAGACGUUAUCCGAGACAUUCUUGAAGGUGUGCUAAGACUCAUGGGGAUCUUUGAUACAUCAUGGGUGAGCAUGAAAAGCUUCCUUGCUAAGCGAGGAGUAAGGGAAGAAAUUGUAACUUUUGACGUGAGAAACAUAACAAAAGAAAUCCGUGAAAGUGUGGAAGAGCUGCUUGAAAAGAAUCGCACAUCUUUUGAUGCCAAGAAUGCUAAAAGGGCCAGCGCUGCAGCUGCUCCCCUGGCUGCCUGGGUGAAGGCUAAUGUGCAGUACUCUCAUGUGCUGGAGAAAAUAGAGCCCCUCGAGAAAGAACAGGCAACACUGCAGUCCAAUUUCCGAAGAAUAGAAGAGAGAAAACGUAAAUUGGAGGAACAGCUUAAUUCCGUUGGCCAGCGGGUGACUGAGCUAAAGGAGAAAUUCCAGGCAAGAACAACUGAAGCGGCUAAACUUGAAGCGGAGUUAUCAAAAGCUCAAGAAAUUAUUCAGUCUGCGGAAUUACUGAUAAGCCAGCUGGAUGGAGAACACAAGAGGUGGAAUGCGCAGGUGGAAGAAAUAACAGAAGAAUUAAAUACAUUGCAAAAGAGAGCCCAGCUGGCAGCCGCCUUCAUCACCUACAUAUCGGCUGCCCCUGAGGAUCAGAGGAAGGACAGCAUAGAGCAGUGGAGGACAUCAGUGGGGCUGGAAACAUUUGAUUUAAGAAGAUUUUUGUCUACGGAAAGCGAACAACUCAUUUGGAAAAGUGAAGGGCUGCCCUCUGAUGAGCUGUCAGUAGAAAACGCCCUGGUGAUUCUACAGAUCUGUUCUUUGAAACCAUCGAGUCAGGUUUGUCCCUUUUUGAUUGAUCCGUCAUCUCAAGCCACAGAAUGGUUGAAAACUCAUCUGAAGGAGAGUCGGCUGGAGGUGAUCAGUCAGCAGGAUGCAAACUUCAUUACGGCUCUUGAGCUAGCUGUCCGCUUUGGCAAGACACUUAUUAUCCAGGAGAUGGAUGGAGUGGAGCCGGUGCUAUAUCCAUUACUUAGAAAAGAUCUUAUUGCUCAGGGGCCUCGAUAUGUUGUCCAGAUUGGAGAAAAAACCAUAGACUAUAAUGAAGAAUUCCGCUUAUUUCUUGCAACGCGCAAUCCUAAUCCAUUCAUACCACCAGAUGCUUCUUCAAUUGUUACUGAGGUUAAUUUCACAACCACAAGAGCUGGAUUACGAGGACAGCUCCUGGCUUUAACCAUUCAGCAUGAAAAACCAGACCUGGAAGAACAGAAGACCAGGUUACUGCAACAAGAGGAAGAUAAGAAGAUUCAGCUGGCUAAGCUAGAAGAGUCGCUCCUGGAGACACUUGCGACAUCCCAAGGAAACAUGCUGGACAACAAGGAGCUGAUAAACUCUUUGAAUCAGACCAAAGCGAGCAGCGCGCUCAUACAGGAGUCUCUGAGCGAAUCACACCGGCUGCAGAUCUCCCUGGAUCAGGAGCGGAAUGUCUAUCUUCCCCUUGCAGAAAGUGCCAGCAAAAUGUACUUCAUUAUCUGUGACUUAUCCAAAAUUAAUAAUAUGUACCGGUUUAGUCUGGCUGCUUUCCUUAGACUCUUUCAACGAACUUUGCUUAGCAAACAGGCGGAUCAGCUGAUGUUCGCCAUGCAUUUUGUACGCGGAAUGCAUCCUGAGAUAUUUCAGGAGAAUGAGUGGGAUGUCUUCACCGGGGUUAUUAUUGGAGACAUGUUCAAGAAAGCUGAUUCCCAGAAGAGUCUCCGUGAUCAGAUCCCAUCCUGGAUUGAGCAGGAGAGGGCCUGGGCCGUGGCCAUGUUAAAGGCCUCUCUGCCCCCUCUGUAUCAGAGCCUGAAUCUGGAAGACUCUAAUCUUUGGAGUCAUUUCUCCAAGAGCUCCAUGUGCGAGCAGGAAUUCCCAGCCGCCACUGGCAAGAAGCUGUCCUUGUUUCAACAGGUUCUUGUGGUACAAGCUGUUCGACCAGACAGACUUCAAAGCGCUAUGGCCAUGUUUGCAUGUCGUACUUUGGGUCUCAAAGAAUUGUCUCCUGCGCUUCUAAAUCUGAAAUCUCUCAGUAAGGACACUCUGGCUAUUGAACCUAUUCUAAUAAUUAUAUCUCCUGGAGCCGACCCGUCCCAGGAGCUACAAGAACUUGCCAGUGCCGAAGUUGGCAGGGAAUGCUACCGGGAGGUUGCAAUGGGUCAAGGCCAAGCUGACCUGGCCAUACAAACACUUAGGGAAUGCGCCCGGGAAGGAGAGUGGCUUUGUCUGAAGAAUCUGCAUCUUGUCAUCUCUUGGCUGCCAGUCCUGGAAAAGGAAUUAAACAAUCUGCAACCAAAAUCCACGUUCCGACUCUGGCUUACAGCAGAAGUGCACCCGAAAUUUACCCCAAUAUUACUGCAGUCAAGUCUGAAGAUAACCUAUGAGGCACCUCCAGGAUUGAAAAAGAACCUGUUAAGAACUUACGAAUCCUGGACACCAGAGCAAAUUGGCAAGGGUGGGCUAGCAUCUCGGGCACAAGCUUUAUUCAACCUGGCAUGGUUUCACGCGGUGUGCCAAGAAAGGAGGAACUACAUACCUCAGGGCUGGACCAAAUUCUAUGAAUUCUCUCUGUCGGACCUGCGCGCUGCCUAUGAUAUUAUUGAUCGUCUUUUUGAAGGAGGCAGAACCUUUCAGUGGGAUUUUGUUAAUGGUCUUCUAGAGAACGCAAUAUAUGGAGGACGAGUAGAUAACUACUUUGAUUUACAAGUUCUUCGCUCCUAUCUGGAACAGUUUUUCAGUGUUCAUGCAUCAGGGAUAAGAGGAAGCAAGAUGACGUUCCCAUUGUCUUUCUCUUUGCCAAAUUCGUGCAGCAUUAUGGAGUAUCGCAAUGUGAUUGAAAGCCUGCCGGAGGAUGAUAAGCCGGCUUUCUUUGGUCUACCUGCUAAUAUUGCCCGUUCUUCACAGCGCAUGAUCAGUUCUCAGGUGAUAUCACAGUUACGGAUCCUAAGCCGAUCAGUGACCGCCGGAUCAAAGUUUGACAGAGACUUGUGGUCCAAUGAACUAUCUCCUGUCCUUAAUCUGUGGAAGAAACUUAACCAGACUUCUAACUUGAUCCAUCAGAAGGUAAUACCUCCAACAGAGCGGCACGGGUCACCAAUCUUGUCGUUCAUCAUCCUGGAACAGUUCAAUGCUAUCCGCCUGGUUCAGAGUAUCCACCAGUCCCUGGCGGCUCUGAGUAAGGUUAUCAGAGGGACGUCAUUGUUGUCCUCGGAGGUACAGAAACUAGCAAGUGCUUUAUUAGAGCAGAAGUGUCCUCUCGCCUGGCAGAGCAAAUGGGAAGGUCCAGAAGACCCUCUUCAGUAUCUCAGGGGACUCGUAUCCAGAGCGGUGGCCAUACAGAAUUGGGUGGAGAAAGCCGAGAAGCAGACGCUGUUAUCAGAUACCCUUGAUUUGUCUGAGCUUUUCCAUCCGGACACCUUCCUUAAUGCUCUGCGUCAAGAGACUGCAAGAACAAUGAACUGCUCCAUGGAUAACCUGAGAUUUGUGGCAUCUUGGAAAGGGAGGAUUCAUGAUGCAAAGCUCCAAGUCAAGAUCAGCGGAUUACAGCUGGAAGGAUGCAGUUUUGAUGGAAGCCACCUUUCUGAAAACCAGCACGACUCUCCGAGUGUAUCACUGGUGCCCCCUUGUUAUAUGGCCUGGAUUUCUCAGCAAUCCACAGGGAUUUACUCCCCAGGAGAGUGCAUUUCCCUGCCGGUGUACACCAGCGCCGAGAGGGAUCGAGUGGUCACCAAUAUAGAUCUACCGUGUGGCGGAAGCCAGAACCGCUGGAUCCAGUGCGGAGCCGCUUUGUUUCUGAAGAAUCAGUAGAAUAUAUGUCUAUUGUAUAUAUAGAGAGAGAGAGUUUGCUAUAUUUUAUACCUAUUGCAUUUCACUAUAAUAUUUCAAUAUUGUUGAUGUAAUUAAUUGUAUUUGGAUUUGUUCAGACAAUAAUUAAAUAUGAUACUUUAUUUGAAUGGA